GUCCAGCAUAUAGCGAUUGGUUACCUUAUGAGGUCGUUAAGGAUGAUAGUUGGACCGCACGUUCAAUGGAAAUCAUCUUAUACUGGGUUGAAAACCUAUUAAACGAUGGAAAUAUGCGAGUUCCUAC